AUGGAGGAUCCCAUCUUGAAGAUCUCCAUGGUGCCAUCAACAUCCCCAACAGACUCCUGCAGGAGUAACUCCACGGAAGAGGGCCACCAAGGUAAAAGUCCAGCUCCUGGUAAGAAUGUAAACCCAGGCUUGCUGUGUAAGGUGUGUGCAGACACUAGCAGUGGAAAACACUAUGGGAUUUAUGCCUGCAAUGGGUGUAGUGGCUUCUUCAAGCGUAGUGUGAGAAGGAGACUAAUCUACAGGUGCCAAGCCGGUACAGGCAUGUGUCCAGUAGAUAAAGCCCAUCGUAACCAGUGCCAAGCCUGUCGUCUAAAGAAGUGUCUUCAGGCUGGCAUGAACAAAGAUGCCGUGCAGAACGAGCGACAGCCCCGGAGCACUGCGCAGGUCAGGCUCGACUCUCUGGGCAUGGAGACGGAGCAGGAGCACCUGGCCACCACCCGGGAGCCUCCAUCUUCCUCCCCGUCCACCUGCUCUGCCAUGGGCAGGCCUCGCCUGGCCUCCUCCAUGACUUCCAGCAUUGGCUCCACUGUGCCCUGCCAGCAUGAUGGCAGCUCCAAGAAUGGCCACCGCUUCAUGGCCAGUUUGAUGACAGCAGAGACCUGUGCCAAGCUGGAGCCAGAGGAUGUGGAUGAAAAUAUCGAUGUAACAAGUAAUGAGCCAGAAAGGAGCUCUCCUGAGUGUAGCACGUCUGUCUACCCCUACUCUGGCCCAGAGAGCGUCUAUGAGACCUCAGCCCGUCUACUCUUCAUGUCUGUGAAAUGGGCAAAAAACCUUCCAGUGUUUUCCCACCUGCCCUUUCGUGACCAGGUGAUUCUACUAGAGGAAGCAUGGAGUGAGCUUUUCCUCCUUUGUGCAAUCCAAUGGUCUCUGCCUCUGGAAAGCUGCCCCCUGCUCUCUCUGCCUGAUCUGUCUCCCCCCUCUCAGGCAAAGAGCAGCCCCUCUGCCUCUGACCUGCGGCUCCUACAGGAGGUUUUCAGCCGCUUCAGGGCUCUGCAGGUAGACCCUACUGAGUUUGCCUGCUUAAAAGCCAUUGUUCUUUUCAAGCCAGAGACACGUGGCCUCAAAGAUCCAGAACAGGUAGAGAAUCUGCAGGAUCAGUCUCAAGUAAUGCUUGCUCAGCACAUCCACACCCUUUACUCCAACCAGACAGCAAGGUUUGGAAGGCUAUUAUUGCUUCUUCCCUCCUUACAUUUUGUGAGCUCAGAAAGGAUUGAACUGCUGUUUUUUCACAGAACCAUCGGGAACACGCCCAUGGAGAAGCUGCUCUGUGACAUGUUCAAGAACUGA